UCCUCCUCCUCCUCCAUAUCAUCACAUGUUCCCAUUCCCAUUUCCGGUUCCUCGUUUCCUGCGACUUUCCUCGGGUUUCGUUGUUUUCUUCCUUUUCCCCUCGAGCUAAAAAUCACUGCUUUACACGGAAAGUCUUCUUCAAAUUCCUGCAACCUUCCCUCCUGCUCAUCAUUAGGAUCCUCACCCGUUGAAUUUCCACUUUAUUAAAAAAAUAAAGGGAGCAGGGCAACGGGUUUUGCUGAAUUCUUGAAGAGGUCUCUCUAUUUUUUUUUUGCGGGAAGCGUUCAUAUGGGCAAUUGCUUACGUUCUUCUGCUAAAGUAGAAGCUACCCAGAGCUCUCGUUCCACUUUUGGAGUCUCGAAAAACUCCAGCAAAACCAGCCAUUAUUCGCCGCGCUUGAGCGUGACCACGCUGUCCUGCAGUGACAGGAGCUAUGCUUCUUCUUCAAGUCUUCCGACACCAAGGUCGGAAGGAGAGAUUUUGUCCUCUCCAAAUUUAAAAGCAUUCACGUUCAAUGAGUUGCGGAAUGCCACUAGGAACUUCCGUCCGGAUAGCCUUCUUGGUGAAGGGGGAUUUGGGUAUGUCUUUAAAGGAUGGAUCGAUGAACUCUCGUUGGCCGCUGCCAAACCCGGAUCAGGAAUGGUUGUGGCGGUCAAGAAACUUAAGCCUGAGGGUUUUCAAGGCCACAAGGAGUGGUUGACAGAAGUUGAUUACCUUGGCCAACUGCAUCAUCUAAAUCUGGUCAAAUUAAUUGGAUACUGUGUGGAAGGUGAAAAUCGGUUGUUGGUCUAUGAAUUUAUGCCCAAGGGGAGCUUGGAGAACCAUCUUUUCAGGAGAGGGCCACAACCACUUUCUUGGGCAAUAAGAAUCAAAGUGGCUGUAGGUGCUGCCCGUGGGCUCUCUUUUCUACACGAUGCCAAAUCGCCCGUAAUAUAUCGUGAUUUCAAGGCCUCGAAUAUCCUCCUUGAUGCGGAAUACAAUGCAAAACUGUCUGAUUUUGGAUUGGCUAAGGCAGGGCCAACUGGUGACAAGACUCAUGUGUCUACCCAAGUCAUGGGUACACACGGGUAUGCAGCCCCUGAAUAUGUUGCUACUGGACGGUUGACUGCUAAGAGCGAUGUCUUCAGCUUCGGGGUCGUGCUGCUAGAACUGUUGUCUGGCAGGCGGGCAGUGGACAAAUCGAAAGUCGGGGUGGAGCAAACUCUGGUGGAUUGGGCAAGACCCUAUUUGGGUGACAGACGGAAAUUGUUUCGGGUAAUGGACACCAAAUUGGAGGGCCAAUAUCCCCAGAAAGGAGCAUAUACAGCUGCAUCACUCGCUUUACAGUGCCUGAACGUCGACGCCAAAGCUAGGCCUAAGAUGUCCCAGGUUUUGGCGAGCCUCGAACAGCUGGAGGCUCCCAAAAGCGGAGCCAACCACUCCCCUUCUGACUAUCACACUGCCCCGGCCACUCUGCUGAAGUCCCCUCUGAAGCAGCAGCGGUCUCCACUUAAUUUGACACCAGGCGUGUCACCAUUGCGGUCUCAUAGGCAUUCGGCGCAUGUUCGAUGAGGGGGAGGACGAAGGCCUUGUGUUUGUGUAGUGGUUUCUUCCACAUGCGUAAUGUGGUUUUGAUAGGUGUGCUAUACGAGCAUAAAAUGUUUGACGAAAUUUUUGCACCGUCGGUUGAACUGUGCUUGUCAACGAUGUAUCUUCUAUCA